UUCGUCGUAACAUAAUGAUUAUAUUAUUGUUGUAAAUAUAUUCUCUGUCGUGAGUGAGCUCUAGAACAAACAAUUGAGAUAAAUUUCGUGUUCAUUUACCGCAAGGUAACAUGAAUAUACAUUUUUUUCUGCAUCUUGUGCGUUGCUAGUGAACAAAUCAUGUAACAGUGUAUAAUUUUUUUUACUUCGGAAGUAGUGAUAAUGAUAAAUUACCAACACCUUGGCACAAAUCAUGUCUCCCACCUUCCGUUCGUUAGUGAGACGUGACGCUCCAGUUUCGAAGCCCGAUGAGCCAGCCAUGUCUCCUUCGGCGUCGUUUUCCAGCCCGACCGUCCCCCCACCUACGCCGCCCGCAACUGACGCCGAUGCUAUGAUAACUCCUGAAACUGCAGGUCUGGAAACGCACAUUUUUAAUAACAAACAUUAUCAUCCAUCUCAAGGUCGCACAACUCCCCAUGUGGAACCAGUAACCCCCACGAAUGCGACCAAGGGCAUUUUCGAGGAGAUAAAAAUUCUGGCGGAUAAAGAAGGGAUCGACACUUGGGUGCUAGUAACCAUUUUGAUUGCUGUUUGCAUCGUUGUUCUUGGAAUAUGCUUUUGCUGUAUAAGAAGAUGUUUCCGAAAGCGGAGAGCAAAGGAUGGCAAAAAGGGGAUGAAGGGGGUAGACUUGAAGUCAGUGCAAUUGUUAGGAUCGUCUUACAAGGAGAAGGUUCAGCCAGAUAUGGACGAGCUGACAGAAAAUGCAGAAGAGCCUGAUGACGGAGAGAAGCCUGAGGUUCAGAAACUGGGCAAGUUGCAAUAUAAGCUGGAGUAUGACUUCAACCAAAACAGUUUCUCGGUAACUGUCAUCCAAGCCGAGGACUUGCCGGCUUUGGACAUGGGCGGUACUUCAGAUCCUUACGUCAAAGUCUACCUUCUUCCAGAUAAGAAGAAGAAAUUUGAAACCAAGGUCCAUCGGAAAACGUUGAAUCCCGUCUUCAAUGAAACUUUCGUCUUCAAGAGUCUCCCGUAUUCCGAAGCUAUGAACAAAACCCUCGUAUUCGCCAUCUUUGAUUUCGACCGAUUUUCAAAACAUGACCAGAUAGGAGAAGUGAAGGUCCCCUUGUGCACUGUGGACCUGGCGCAGACAAUCGAGGAGUGGCGGGAAUUGCAGAGUGUAGAAGGAGAAGGUGGUCAGGAAAACAAGUUGGGAGAUAUCUGCUUCUCUUUGAGGUAUGUUCCCACCGCAGGAAAGUUAACCGUCGUCAUUUUGGAAGCUAAGAACUUGAAGAAGAUGGAUGUUGGCGGCUUAUCAGAUCCUUAUGUCAAGAUAGCUCUGAUGCAGAAUGGUAAACGGCUCAAGAAAAAGAAGACUAGUAUCAAAAAGUGCACUCUGAAUCCGUAUUAUAAUGAAUCCUUCACUUAUGAAGUACCUUUUGAACAAAUUCAGAAAGUGAACUUAGUCAUAACAGUAGUGGAUUACGACAGAAUUGGAACAUCAGAACCCAUCGGGAGAGUCGUUUUAGGGUGUAAUGCUAGUGGUACGGAAUUGCGUCAUUGGUCAGACAUGUUGGCUUCACCCCGUAGGCCGAUCGCACAAUGGCACACGUUGAAAGACCCCGAGGAAGAAAAGAAAGACUAAAAAGGAAAUUCGACAACAACGCUGAUACACCAUAAUGAAUAAGAUUAACUCACCUUAUUAUGUACCCCAGCAUGAAAUCUACCCUUGGCGUCGUUUGGAAAAUGACUUCGUUGGUGUUCAUUCAUGUAUCAAUUUGUCUAUUGCUAUUGACACUUGUUGUUGUUUAUGAAAUUCUUUCGAAAGUAU